UCAUCAGUAAACAUUUAAUAGAAAUUUUACAACUAAAAUAAAAUUUUAAACUAAGUUUAAAACUGAAUCAAAAAUGAAUUUACCGGAGAUAAAGUCAUACGAAGAGGAGGCAGUGGAUACUGUUGUGUCUGUAAUCAAUCGAGCCAAAGAACUGCUAGGUAUUAGACAAACGCUCAAAGAACUCGCGAAAAGCCGUGACUUCCUCUCACCUCGUGCUAAGAUUGGCAGCUCAACACUCAAAUGUCCUCUCAUCAAAAAUAGUGAAAUGCUUAUCAUGAAUGCGAUAGAGAAGAACUGGUUACUGACUGAAACUCUUCUAUAUACGCUUAAUUAUAAGGGAAAAUCGCAGGAUGAGACGUCGAAGUAUUAUUAUUUUGAGGCAGUAUUUAGUCAACCGACGGCAGCUUACCCGAUACCUCAGGAAACUGCCUCCGUAUUCUUCAGAGUGGAAGACAAACUUAUCGAACCGCAUCAAACAAGACCAACGCCUUUGAUGACAUUUCGAAUCGAAGGUCACUAUCGGGACCACGAUGUUCGUUUUAUACGUCUGUCACCUGAUUGGAUACUGGGAGUUCUCAAGAUGAAGGCCAAAUUGUUUUCAAGAGUUGAAGAAAUAGGACUGUUUUAAAUGGGUUUUUUAUGUUAAAUAUUAAUAAAAAUUAUAUAAUUUA